AAUUCACUUGAACUCAGCUAGCGAACACACGAUGUCUGGAAGAGGUAAAGGCGGCAAGGGACUCGGAAAAGGAGGCGCCAAGCGUCACCGUAAGGUUCUCCGCGAUAACAUCCAGGGAAUCACCAAGCCCGCCAUUCGCCGUCUGGCUCGCCGUGGCGGCGUGAAGCGUAUCUCCGGGCUGAUCUACGAGGAGACCCGCGGUGUCCUGAAGGUGUUCCUUGAGAACGUGAUCCGUGACGCCGUCACCUACACCGAGCACGCCAAGAGGAAGACCGUUACGGCCAUGGACGUGGUCUACGCUCUGAAACGCCAGGGACGCACCCUGUACGGUUUCGGCGGUUAAACGCACUCUUCUCGGAACGUCAACAUCCCGACUUGAACCCAAAGGCUCUUUUAAGAGCCAC